UACAAUGAAGCAGUCUUUAAGAGCGAACCUUGUGUUUGAUGUUCUGAAGUGACAGGAGUCACUGAAUUGUCACGUUAAGGGAGUGUCUGCCAUUUUCACAAGAGGCAUGGUCCCUAAACUAUCUUUUUUUCUCGGUGUUGUAUUCAUCAUGAAAAUCACAGUCUGAGCUGUAAUUCUGAAGAGGAGCUGUCCUUCAGAACUGACGCUUUAGCAGAGAGCGGGGUUACUGAACUUUAAGAGGGAACUGCGUCAGUGUUUCCCACCAGAAAGAGAUUGUAUUCCUGAGUUUCGUCCCUGUCGCCUCGCAUUGUCCACCGGGGCUGUGUUCCCUUAAAAGAAGGCAGCACGGGCGGCCGGUUUUCUGAGUGCGAGCCUGCCGUCCCGACGCUGGCGCUUUAAGCCGAGGCGGCGCUCUUCCUCACAGCAACACGGGAACCCGGAACUCCGGUGCCGAUGCCCCAGACGCUGGUGUUGUGCGCGGCCGCCGCCGCCGCCCUGCUGAUACCCUCCGAUGUCUGGAGGCUGUUGAGCUGUGGUUUGGCGGGGUGGUUUGGCCCAGUGAACAAUGUCUCGACCUCCCGAAUCUUCAGUAAGGCCGAGCUGAGCCGCUACACCGGCGGGAAGGGCAGUCCCGGGCUGUACCUGGCUGUCCUGGGCCAGGUGUUCGACGUGGACCGAGGGAGGAGGCACUACGGCCCGGGAGGCUCCUAUCACUUCUUCACAGGUCGAGAUGCCUGUAGAGCAUUUGUGAGCGGAGAUUUCACUGAGCCUGGUCUCAUAGAUGAUGUGUCGGGACUCUCACCCACGGAAAUGCUCUCUCUCCAUGAGUGGCUCACCUUUUACAAGAGAGAGUACAUUUUUAAAGGCAAACUAGUCGGAACGUAUUAUGACCACAACGGUGAACCGACCCGGGCGCUCAUUGAUGCAGAGCUGGUCACUGAGCAGGGAAGGAAACUGAAGGCAGAGUUGGAAGUGGAAAACAAGGUGUUUCCUCCCUGCAAUUCGGAAUGGACCUCCACCAAAGGUGGCAGAGUUUGGUGUUCAACUCACAGUGGAGGAAUCAAAAGGAAUUGGGUGGGUGUCCCACGCAAAUUAUAUAAGAUUGGAUCAAAGAACUAUCGCUGUGUUUGUGUGCGUACAGACGGACCUGCAUCAAAUCAACCCAAUUCAGUUCACAACAGAAGAGAUCUGGAUAACCCUGCCUUAGCAGAAUAUCCAGGAUGUGGGAGUGUUUCAGACUCCUGUGCCAUUGUGGAGGAGUAGCAUAUCACAGGUUCCAGCUGGACAAUCAUAGCAUAGUGAUCAUCACCUGCAACUGCAGGUGAACAGCCAUGUAAUAGUUUCAUGUGUUAGUUAUGGAAUUAGGCAGAUGCACAGCAAGGAUUCCUUUGCAGAAGUAGAGCGAAUGUAAAAAUUACUUUAUUAUAUGAUGUGUGCUCCAUUAACCUAGUAAUUAUCACUUGACUUCAGUUAAUGGGCGGGGGGGGGGGGGGAAAUGGUACACAGGUUACAAUCUAAUUAGUAUUGGAAAUACUCAGCUAGUCUGAUUUCCAGAGUUUUCUUUUUAUUUUGGAUCUCUAGCAUCUGCAGGGCUUACCUUUGGUUUAUUAAUGAGCUGUUGAAUAGUGUGUAUUGAACGGAACAACUUGGACACACUCAGCACAGUAUUUCUGGUCUUAAACACCUCCUGAUCACUAAUGGAAGACUUCGCAUGCAUCCUUGUCAAAUACCAUUUACAAAUUUACUCAUGCUUGAGCUUGCAUUUAUAUAGCAUAUUUCAUGACCUCAAAGCAAUUCAGAAGCUCGUCAGUAUUAAUGAUGGAACAGAACAGUGCCUCUGCACAAGUCCUGCAAACACUGUUCGCUAACGCUUAGAUGUAAUUCACUCUAAUUGCAGAAUAAUUUCUGGCCAAGGCAUCAGGUAUCACAUCUAAUGUUCUGGUGGUUAACAUAGAAACAAAAAACCUACAGCACAAUACAGGCCCUUCAGCCGAACACAUCCCUACCGUAGAAAUUACUAGGUUUACCUAUACCACUAUAUUUUACUAAGUUCCAUGUACCUAUCUAAAACUCUCUUAAAAGACCCUGUUGUAUCCGCCUCCACCACCGUUUCUGGCAGCCCAUUCCACGCACUCACCACUCUUGAGUAAAAAAAAACUUAACCCCAGCAUCUUCUUUGUACCUACUCCCCAGCACCUUAAACCUGUGUCCUCUUGUGGCAACCAUUUCAGCCCUGGGAAAAAGCCCCUGACAAUCCACACAAUCAAUGCCCCUCACCAUCUUAUACACCUCUAUCAGGUCACCUCUCAUCCUCCGUUGCUCCAAGGAAAAAAGGCUGAAUUCACUCAACCUAUUACCAUAAGGCAUGCUCCCCAAUCCAGGCAACAUCCUUGUAAAUCUCCUCUGCACCCUUUCUAUGGUCUCUAAAUCCUUCCUGUAGUGAGGCAACCAGAACUGAGCACAGUACUCCAAGAGGGGUCUGACCAGGGUCCUAAAUAACUGCAACAUUACCUCUCGGCUCCUAAAUUCAAUUCCAUGAUUGAUGAAGGCCAGUACACCAUACGUCUUCUUAACCACACAGUCAACCUGUGCAGCUGUUUUGAGCGUCCUAUGGACUUGGACCCCAAGAUCCCUCUGAUCCUCCACACUGCCAAGAGUCUUACCAUUAAUACUAGGUUCUGCCAUCAUAUUUGACCUACCAAAAUGAACCACUUCACACUUAUCUGGGUUGAAUUCCACCUGUCACUUCUCAGCCCAGUUUUGCAUCCUAUCAAUGUCCUGCUGUAACCUGACAACCCUCCACAACACCUCCAACCUUUGUGUCAUCAGCAAACUAACCCAUCCCUCCACUUCUUCAUCCAGGUCACUUAUAAAAAUCAGAGUAAGGGUCGCAGAACAGAUCCCUGAGGCACACCACUGGUCACCGACCUCCAUGCAGAAUAUGACCUGUCUACAACCACUAAUGUCCCCUUGGAUCCCAUGCCUCCUUCCUUCUCAAUAAGCUUUGCAUGGGGUACCUUAUCAAAUGCCUUGCUGAAAUCCAUAUACACCACAUGUACUGCUUCCUUCUUCAACGUGUUUAGUCACAUCCUGCGAGAGUUGUUACAUGCUUCUGUGACCUAUGCUGAUAGACAAGGCUUAUGCUGAAGCUGGCACUUUGAAUAGUUCAAACAUUAGCACUGAACCAUACUCAAGUUUGCAGGAUUGCUACUAUGAAGUGAGGGCCUCAGUCACUCAAGAGUAGGCCAUGGAUAUUGCCUCCAAGCGGUCUAAAGCAAUACAGCUUGGUACCAGUGGCAUAGGACUCAGUGUAGACCUGCCUUAGGGACUCCAGCUCUGGAUUUUUCCCUCGGGGUUUACUCCCAAAACCUUCUCCAUGAGUGGGUACAGCUGCAAAGCAGCGGAGGUUUGAGAUCAGAGUUGCUACUAUACCAACUUAUUUAACUUCAACCUGAAUUUCAGUAAAGCUGGAGCUAUGUCUCUUUCAUUAAAUAGAACUAGCAUUUUAAAAAAUUGGUCCUUUAGUCCCCAUUUUCCUGCUUAUUUGUAAACCACUCAGGUGCCUUUUUCUCUGGAACAACAUAGAAGUAAUGACUAGCAGCCUAGAUUUUGUGGUAUGUGGUGCAGCACGAUCUUUCCAGACAAGUGUGUAGUCUGUUGCCACGUGCGCACCCAUUUUUCACUCCAUUCCUAUGGACCAUCACACAACCACAGCUGACGGAAGGUUAAUUAUUGACCCCAGCUCAAAUGAAUGCUGUCAUAGAUUGACACCCAGCCAAAUCCAAGCACAGUGUAAAGUCUACUGUUCAAAUGAACAGGAAAUGACUGCAAUUCUGCAAAAUCUGUAUUUUUUCCAUAUAACAUAGGUAAUCAUAUACAAGUUAUUAAAUGUACUGAUUAAAUAUAUAAAGACAUGAUUGUUGUGGUUUCCAAUGCACACAUAGCUGUUCUGACAUUUCACAGGUUUACUCAUUAAAGUAACACUGAUCUAUGGCUCGAGCCACAUCUAUUUUGAUACUGGUCCGCGACCACCUUUGAUGUUAUGACUGAGAAUUACAGAUUUUAUUUAGAAUUAGAGGCAGGCUUCUGUUCCCAAAGAUAGUUAUAUUGAUUACCAUAUCCCCAAGCACCACUGGCAGCAACAUAUUGGAUCAAUGUUGCUGCAGAGACUUACUCAUCUAUACACUGUAAACAUACAUAAACACUAUUAUAGGAAAAUUGUGCAACAAGUUUAAAUGUAAGUGCAAAACAGGUAUCUUCUAAUACUGAAAAAUGAAGAAAAGUCCAAAUUCCUAACUCAUGAGCACUGCUAUUCAAACAGAUCUCGAUAUAUUGAUUUGUUCUUUGAAGUAAAUGUAGUAUUUGUGAAUUUGUUUGUAGAGCACUGCUCAUUGGAGAACAUUUGGCUGAGCAUGUGACAUUGAGAUUUAGCAAGACGCUGUCCUCAGUGGAUUGACGCUACUCGUUACGCAGGAGACCACGGAUAAAAGGCACUGGCAACAGCAGGGAGUAGAUGGAAUAAGAUGUUGGUGCUUUUGCUGCAAUUUGAGCUCCACAAGCAAUUGCUGACCUAAUGGGCAGUCAUUCACACCAAGAUAUCACCCUGUAACUGGCUACAAACUUCAUCUGUCUGCUAACAGCAGUCACUGAGGAUGUUGAUUACUGCUAAUGUCCAGAUGCUGACUGAUUACCCUUCCAAAUGAUGAUGCAAAAAUCAACUGCUUCUGUUCAUCAGUCUAAAUGAACGCCACAUCAAUAGACAGCAGAAUACAUUUUAGAGGCAUUAAAUCAGUCUUCAAAUAUGUUGGUUGGGAGGAUGAAAUCCUCCUUGUGAUUUUUGCUACACCAUUCACUUUUAUCAGAUGCAGUUUCACAGGCCAGCAUCUGCAUCAAAGCCCUGACUAUUUGGAUAGAGGUUACUUGAAAUCAAAUGCUCUUAGAAUAUACUAAAAUGGACCUGUUUUGUCA